AUGAUGGCGUCCUCAACGGAGGAGGACGACCAUCAUGCGGAAGAUCCACACAAAUCCGAUUUAUGGCAACAAACGCUUCAAGCGGCAGUUGCGGCCACAUCACAAUCAGAAGCUGCGAAAAAACGGCAGCAACAACGUAAACCGAUGCGGCAAAGUAAUAUAGUAGAGAGAAGUGAACGUUCAUUGUUGUGUCUCACACUCUCGAAUCCUCUCAGGAAGGCUUGUAUAACAAUUGUUGAAUGGAGACCUUUUGAAUGGCUGAUUUUGUUGAUGAUAUGUGCAAACUGCAUCGCGCUGGCUGUUUAUCAACCCUAUCCUGCUCAGGAUUCUGAUACAAAAAAUAUCAUUUUGGAGCAAAUAGAGUAUCUGUUCAUAGUUGUAUUUACGAUAGAAUGCGUAUUGAAAGUUAUUGCGCUAGGGUUUUUAUUUCAUCCUGGUGCCUACCUCAGGAACGCAUGGAAUAUACUCGAUUUCAUCAUCGUUGUUAUUGGACUUGUGAGCACAGCGUUAUCCAGGAUGAACAUUCAGGGUUUUGAUGUGAAAGCGCUUAGGGCAUUUCGAGUACUCCGUCCUUUGCGUCUUGUAUCUGGAGUGCCUAGUUUACAAGUUGUGUUAAACGCAAUUCUUCGUGCUAUGAUUCCAUUGCUUCAUAUCGCGUUGCUAGUCAUGUUUGUUAUUAUAAUAUACGCAAUAAUUGGAUUGGAAUUGUUUUGUGGCAAACUUCAUUCAACAUGCUUUGAUCCAGCAACUGGACAAUUAGCGCAACAUACGCCUUCAACAUGUGGUUUUGCAUCCUCCGCAUUCCAUUGCCAACCAAGUGGACACCACGAAGGAGUGCAUUGGAUCUGCGCGUCGAAUACUUCAUGGCAAGGACCAAAUAAUGGAAUAACAAAUUUUGACAAUUUUGGCCUAGCCAUGUUGACUGUUUUCCAAUGCGUUUCACUUGAGGGAUGGACUGACGUCAUGUAUUGGGUAAAUGAUGCAGUUGGUCGAGAAUGGCCGUGGAUAUAUUUUAUUACUUUAGUUAUUUUAGGCUCUUUCUUCGUGCUAAACUUGGUGCUUGGUGUACUUUCCGGGGAAUUUUCCAAAGAAAGAGAAAAAGCAAGGGCUCGUGGUCUUUUUCAGAAAUUUCGGGAAAAACAGCAACUUGAAGAAGAUUUGAAAGGAUAUUUGGAUUGGAUAAAUCAGGCGGAAGAUAUCGAACCGGUUAAUGAUGAUGAGCAGGAGGAUGAACAACAGUUUAACGGUGAAGAGCUUGAUGAAGAAGCCGAUGAGAAAACAGAUGAUUCAAGACCUUCAUGGUGGAAGAAAAGACUACGAAGAAUGCAAAAAUUGAAUCGACGAUGUCGACGCGGUUGUCGAAGGCUAGUAAAGUCGCAAACAUUUUAUUGGCUUGUGAUCAUUCUAGUAUUGCUCAAUACACUCGUUCUAACCACCGAGCAUUAUAAGCAAGAACCAUGGCUUGACCAUUUCCAAACAGUGGCAAAUUUGUUUUUUGUUAUAUUGUUUUCAAUGGAAAUGAUUUUGAAAAUGUAUUCACUCGGUCUGACGACUUAUACAACGUCACAAUUUAACAGAUUUGAUUGUUUCGUUGUCAUAAGUUCUAUUGUCGAAUUUGUUCUUGUGUAUUUUGAUCUGAUGAAGCCGCUGGGCGUUUCUGUAUUGCGCUCAGCCCGUCUUCUUAGAAUAUUCAAAGUUACCAAGACAUUGAAUGUUCUCGCUUGUAAUACAGUCGGAAACCAAAUACCACUGACCAUUAGGUUCUUGAAGAAGGUGUUUGGUGGUAAAUUUAAUUUCAAUCCAAUGAAUCCUAAACCACGUGCAAACUUCGACACUUUUACCCAAGCGUUAUUAACUGUAUUUCAGAUUCUAACUGGUGAAGACUGGAACACAGUGAUGUACAACGGUAUCGCAUCAUUUGGUGGUGUUGGCUCAUGGGGCGUGCUUGUUUCCGUUUAUUUCAUUGUUUUAUUCAUUUGUGGUAAUUACAUAUUGCUCAAUGUCUUCCUUGCCAUCGCGGUUGACAAUUUAGCCGAUGCAGAUAGUUUAACAAAUGCUGAGAAAGAAGAACAAGCAGAAGUUGAAGAAGAAGUGGCAGAAGAUGAUUAUGAAGAUGAAAAGUAUGAUGAAAAUGGUAAUGAGGAGACGAGGGACGAUAGCAGAAUAGUUAUGGAAGAAGAAGAGGAAGGCGGUGAAAUAAUAACUGCACGACCUCGUCGGAUGUCCGAAUUGAUUACUGCCAAGCAACAGAAGCCUAUCCCAAAAGCUUCAUCAUUGUUCAUUCUUUCUCAUACAAAUCCUUUUCGGGUAUUUUGUAACAAAAUUGUCAAUCACUCCUACUUCACAAAUAGUGUGCUAAUAUGCAUUCUUGUGUCCAGUGCAAUGCUUGCAGCAGAAGAUCCGCUGGAAGCACAGUCACCUCGUAACACAAUUCUGAAUUAUUUCGAUUAUUUUUUCACUACUGUAUUUACUGUUGAAAUAACGCUGAAAGUAGUUGUUUAUGGAUUGAUGUUUCACAAGGGUUCAUUUUGUCGGAAUGCGUUCAAUCUACUGGACAUUCUUGUUGUCGCUGUAUCUCUUGUAUCUUUCGUCCUCAAAUCAGAUGCUAUUUCGGUUGUUAAAAUUCUUCGAGUUCUGCGAGUGUUGAGACCAUUGAGAGCAAUCAAUAGAGCCAAAGGCCUUAAGCACGUUGUACAAUGUGUUAUUGUUGCGGUAAAAACGAUCGGUAACAUCAUGUUGGUUACAUUUAUGCUACAAUUCAUGUUUGCCAUUAUUGGUGUGCAACUUUUCAAGGGUACUUUCUUCCGCUGUACUGACGAAUCGAAGAUGACUGAAUAUGAAUGCAGAGGUGAGUUUCUGGCCUAUGAAGAUGGUGAUCCAAUGAAGCCAUUGCGAAUGAGACGUGAAUGGAUUAAGAAUGAUUUUAAUUUCGAUAAUGUUGGUGACGCCAUGAUUUCGCUAUUUGUUGUUUCCACCUUUGAAGGUUGGCCUGAUCUGCUGUAUGUGGCAAUAAACUCAAACGAAGAAGACCAUGGCCCAGUGUACAAUGCUCGGCAAGCGGUUGCUAUAUUUUUUAUCACAUUCAUUGUUGUCAUUGCAUUCUUCAUGAUGAACAUUUUCGUCGGUUUUGUCAUCGUUACUUUCCAAAAUGAGGGUGAAAGGGAAUAUGAAAAUUGUGAGCUGGACAAAAAUCAACGUAAAUGUAUUGAGUUUGCAUUAAAAGCUAAACCACAUCGACGAUAUAUACCUCGCAAUCGCUUCCAAUAUCGUGUUUGGUGGUUCGUAACGUCGCAGUUCUUUGAAUAUGUCAUAUUCAUCAUCAUUUUGCUAAACACGACUACGCUGGCAAUGAAACAUUAUCCUCCAGACCCUGGUAUGGACCACGUACUCGAUGUGCUCAAUCUUAUUUUUACAGGAGUUUUCGCACUUGAAGCAGUAUUUAAAAUCAUCGCCUUAAAUCCCAAAAAUUACUUUGGAGAUAGGUGGAAUGCAUUCGAUUUUGUUAUUGUAUUGGGUUCAUUUAUUGAUAUUAUUUACGGAAAGCUCUCGCCUGGCUCAAAUAUCAUAAGCAUUAAUUUUUUUCGCCUUUUUCGUGUGAUGCGAUUAGCAUUGCCAUACGUUGCUCUUCUAAUUGUAUUGUUGUUCUUUAUAUAUGCUGUCAUUGGAAUGCAGGCAUGUUUUUUUGUUGAUCGGCUUAAUUUUUUAAAAAGUGACUUUGAGCUUAAACGUGAAGUAUUUGGGAAAGUAGCACUAAAUGAUGAGACUCAUAUUCAUCGCAACAACAACUUUCAUACAUUUCCUGCUGCUGUACUUGUCCUCUUUCGGUCGGCAACUGGUGAAGCGUGGCAAGAAAUAAUGCUUUCUUGUUCGGAUAGAGAUGAAGUAAAAUGUGAUCCGGCUAGCGAUGAUUACAAAGAAAAUCCGGACGCAAAAUGCGGAGUGGAUUUUGCCUACCCAUAUUUUAUUUCAUUCUUCAUGCUUUGUUCGUUCCUGGUUAUAAAUUUGUUCGUGGCAGUUAUUAUGGACAACUUUGACUAUUUAACUCGAGAUUGGAGUAUCCUUGGACCACAUCAUUUAGAAGAAUUUGUCCGAUUAUGGUCGGAAUAUGAUCCGGAUGCAAAAGGACGAAUAAAACACUUGGAUGUCGUUACUUUGCUACGUAAAAUUUCACCACCACUCGGUUUUGGCAAACUUUGUCCACAUCGACUUGCUUGCAAGCGUUUGGUAUCAAUGAAUAUGCCACUGAAUUCAGAUGGUACAGUUUGUUUCAAUGCAACACUUUUUGCUUUAGUGCGAACAAAUUUAAAAAUUUACACGGAAGGAAAUAUCGAUGAAGUGAAUGAACAAUUACGAUCAGCCAUUCGUCGAAUUUGGAAGCGUACUCCACAGAAAAUGUUGGAUGAAGUUGUGCCACCUGCAGGAAGAGACGAUGACGUUACAGUUGGAAAAUUUUAUGCUACUUUCUUGAUUCAAGAUUAUUUUCGUAGAUUUAAAAAAAGAAAAGAACUGGAAUCCAAAGGCAUUGUACCGCAGCAAACCUCACAGGCAAUGGCCUUGCAAGCAGGAUUACGAACGCUUCAUGAAAUUGGACCAGAAUUAAAACGAGCAAUUUCUGGCAAUUUAGAAACUGAUUUCACGCUAGAUGUGGAAGAACCUCAGCACAGACGUCCUCACUCUCUUUUCAACAACAUCAUUUCGGCACUCGGUGGUUCGGCUCGAGCCAAUCAGGUCUAUCGUGAAGAUCGAACAACUCGAUCACUUCCAGUGGCUGCCAACCAUCAACUCUCUCCGACACGUCCAUUGUACGGUAAUGAUAUGAUGUCAGUGACAACCCACGGUUACAUAACCACUAACUGUUCAGCCAGUAUGCCACCAUCGUCACGCUCCAAUGGUGGUGUUCUUCAGCGACGCCUACCUCAAAUACCUUCUCCAAAUAUAUCGGUUGACCAGAAGUUAUUGGAAAAUGAUUUAAUCAAAGUGUCACGAUUGCCUCUAGACACUGAACGUCGCUAUAUACUGGCCAACAGAAGCAUGCCUUUGGAUACAGAUGAAGAAGUGGAGUGGUGCGAAAGGAAAGAUACAAAUAGAGUACGAAAUGAUGAGACGUGGAUAAAUAAUGGUAGACCUGGAAAAGGCUUAAGGAAACCUUUCAUGCUAGCAAGAAAUCAAGCAAUGGUUAUUGCUGGCGUGCCAGCUGAUAUAAGUGAAGCUUUUGAAGGCACAUAUAGACCAGCACCAGAUGGGAAAUCGGUACGACUACCACUUUCAAAUAGACCAAUAUUAAGGCCACAAGAUGGAAAUGAAGAAGGCUUAACAGAACGUCUUGUUGGUGAAGCUUUGGCAUUGGGUAGAUAUAUGGAUGAACGUGUUGUUGAAGCAGCGCGACGAGAAAUCGCGGAAGCCUAUUCACUGGAAGAAUCCGAGCUUGAAAAUGCAGCGGCAACAUUGGCAGGUGCACGUUACAUGGAACACCUCGGUAUGGAACGUUGCGAAGUACGAGACUUCAACAGAUAUUCAGCUCGAGCGCUUCUGAGACCUGCACCGUCACAAGAAGCCCCUGAAGACGAUCUCUUUGUUACAACGUUAUAA